UGUUGCAUUUCUUAGAUUGUCAGUAAAGUUUGGUUGGAAUCAGGUACUCUCAUUCUCACUCAUGUUUGGUGUAUCUACAUCUGUUGCAACUUAAACAAACUUUUAAGACAGCUCCAAUGCCAUGUCCUAAUUAGGAGUAAUAAUGACAAGGCAUUACAUUUUCAGCUACUAGUUUUGAACAUGGAAGAAUCUCAUAAAGUAGAUCAUCUCCUUGCUGCUAGAGAAAUUCUGAGGAGCAGCAUUGAGAAAUCAAGAAACAUAGGCAUUGCAGUUGAUCAAAGUGGCUCCAGAUUGCAGCAGGCCAGCCAUAAUUUAGCAUCUCUGCAAAGCAGUGUCGAAAACAUUGCUACCAAAUGUAGAGUUUACGGGAUUAGAGGGCACGUUGAUCGAGCCAUUGGGCCAGCUGCAGCCCUGCUGCAAGUGCUGGAUCUGGUGCACGAGCUGCAGAAUUCGAUCCAGUUUGAUCCUCCUUGUGCUGCCACCAGCAUCACACGCCUCCAGGAGGCGCUCAAGCUUCUUGCUGAUAACUGCGGGUUGCUGAUCCUCUGGCUCCAAGAUGCGGUGCAUAUCCUCGCAAGCAACGCAGCUUCUGCCGAUGAUUGGUAUCUUGUCCGCGCCUCCAAAGUUGUCAGCAUACUCAGGGAAAUCCAGCUAUUUUGCCGAGAUGGAGGAAUUGUAUCUUCUGCAUUUGACACGCUCGAGAAUGAAUACAGGCGUCUCUUGACUCAAACCGAUUUCUCACACCCAACGUUUCCGGAAACUGAAUUGCAGGCUAUUGCUCAGGUCCUGGCUGCUAACAAUCGCCUCCACAGAUGCACGUCUAUCUAUGCAGAAGUUCGGAUUGCAGACGCCCGAGCUACUUUACAAGCCCUGCAUGUGGAUUACCUGGGAAUUCAGUUAUCUGUAACGGACAGUGUUCGGAAUGUGGAGACGUACAUUUACCAGUGGGAUAAUCACAUGGAGUUUGCUCUCAGGAAUCUGCUCCUGAAUGAGUACAGACUCUGCAAGAAACUGGGAGAUGAUGAUGAUGAUGCAUGGAUGAAUUGCUUUGCCAAGAUUGCAACUGAAUGCGGAUUCCUCGAAAUCUUCGAAUUUGGAAGCUCAGUUUGUAACUGCAAGAAAGAAGCAAUGAAGCUCUUGAGUCUGCUCAAGAUUUUCUCCACUCUGGACAAACUGCGCUUGCAAUUCAACCAGCUGUUCAACGGAAAGUUCUGUCUCGAGAUUCAAAACAAGACACGAGCUCUUGUUAAGAAAGUUGUCGAUGGGGCUAGUGAGAUUUUCUGGGACCUGUUAUCGCAAGUGGAGCUGGAAAGGGAGACUGAUCCGCCACCAGAUGGCAGCGUUCCAAGGAUCGUCUGUUUCAUUACUGACUACUGCAACAAACUUCUCGUGGAGGAGAACAGCUCGAUUCUGACUCGAGUUCUUGAGAUUUCUCAGGUGUGGAACCGAGCAAGUUCUGAACAAGGGCUUCUCUCCAAUGAAAUUCACAACACAAUGAAAGCACUCGAGACCAACUUGGAGAGUUGGGCUCAGAGUUACAACGACACCGCUCUUUCCUACCUCUUUAUGAUGAACAGUCACUGGUACUUGUGCAACAGCGCAAGGGGGAACAAGCUCGGGGAAUUAAUGGGGCAAUCCUGGGUGUGGGCGUACGAGGAAUCCGCAGAGUACUAUGCAGCAUUAUACCUGAGAGAGAGUUGGGAAAAGCUUGUGGUGCUUUUGCAUGAAGAGGGACUGACCUUGUUCCCCGGAGGCAGAGCCAUCAAUAGGGAAGUGGCAAAGAAGAGGAUCACCAUAUUCUGUGAGGCUUUCGAUGAAAUGUACAAGAAGCAAGCCAAAUGGAUACUGUGUGACAAAGCCUUGAGAUGGAAGACAUGCCACCUAAUAGUUGAAGCAGUUGUGCCGCCCUACAAGAGCUAUCUGCGGAGAUUCAUGCCUGGAUUAGAACACGAGGUGAACUACACAGCUGAGAGAAUGGAGGAGUUAAUUUCCUUAUUGUUCCAACCCAAAUAUGAUGGCAGCAAAUGCACAGAUUUGAUAGGCAUGAAGAAUGAAGCUGCUAUCAGCCACUUCUCCUACACCCCUGCUGCUGCUUGAUUGCAUCAUCAAAAUCAGUAGCCAUGUAAAAUACCUGGAUUUGUAACUUCAUCUCUUUAUAGAUAUAGUAUUUCCGGUUAAGGUUUCUGGCGUGUUAUUAGCCCUGCAA